AUGAUAUAUCUCGCUGUUGUAGUAAUAUGCUUUGCUGGACUUGGUACUGCCGAAACAAUUUUUCCAGAUGCAAUAGAUAUAAACAUCUCAACGACUGAGUCUGUUAUUGAUGAAGCAUCAAACGUUACAUCGGGAUCAAAGGAGUCAACGCACAAAGAAAGAGAAAAUAUCAAUUUGUAUCCGAAAAAGAACGCAACGACUGAUACGCUUAAGGAAAGAGUCGUAAACACAAAUCCAGCUUUGCAUAUAAAUGAACCUGAUACUAGCGUCCGAAAUGAAACCACUACACCUGCGUCCAUCGUAGAUUCCAUAACACAGGGAAGAGAUGUGAGUAAUACCACCGUUGGUGACUUUUCCAAGAAAUCUAAAAAGAGGAACAAUGUGUCGACCGGAGACACCGUUCUCGAGUCAAAUGGUUGUGAAAUAUGGAAAUACGGAGGCUUUCCACUGGUUGGUCUAGGAAUUAUAUUCAACGGUCUCUCAAUCUUAGUGUUCAGUAGAAAAAGCAUAAGAAAAUCAACAACAACAGUCAUGCUUACAACUCUCGCAUUUGUCGACUCAUUCAACUUGCUAAAUGUCGCACUCGCUUUUAGCUUGAAUUGUGCUUUUGGCAUUUCUUCAAUGUUAACCGAACAGAACUACUGGACCUGUAAAAUUGGAAUCGUCGUUCUGUACGUAAUGACCGACCUGUCUCCGUGGCUUGUCGCAUUACUUGCGAUAGAGAGAUGUAUCGCGGUCACGAUUCCGCAUAGGGUUUCCCUUAUCAUGAGUCCAGCGAAAGUGAAAUUGGCCGUCGGGGUGACGGUGUUGAUCCUGAUUGCAGCAAAUAUUCAGCUGGGAUUCAUCCACGUGUUCGACGCAAGUUCUCCUGACCAAUUUUAUUGCACUCCAUCCCAGGAAUACAUGAUAUACUAUAAAGAGGUAUUUGUCUGGAUGGACCUGGCGCUUCUCUCCGUCAUCCCGCUCUCGAUUGUCAUCGUGUGCAAUAUCAUCAUCCUGAUAAAUGUAAUUCGUCACCAUCGUUCCAGGAAGGGUAUGGUCGCGAUGUACAGAACAAAGAACAGCGUCAACUCGCUCACGUUAAUGCUGGUCGGCGUCAGUUUCGUUCUGUGUAUCUGCACCCUCCCUCACGUCAUAUUUUACAUAUUUGCAAGGCCUUUGAUAUAUAACGCGGAGACGGAUGACGACACUUUGGCCUUCAUUUACAAAUCUGAGUUUUACGUGACUUACGUGCUCUAUAUGAACUAUGCAGUCAACUUCUGGUUUUAUGUGUUCGCCGGAAAGCACUUUCGCCGUGAGGUUCUGAAAAUGGUGCGUUGUUUUAAUGCAUCGUCGACGGAGAUUAAAACGUCAUCUACACAACUAGCAACUGUGUCGAAUGCAAUCUCUGAAACAGCUUUGCCUAAUGUCAAUACCAAAUGUGAAUGUUGA